UCGAACCCCUGUCAGGAGCAGAGAUUCGAAAAGGCGAAAUAGUUAUGUUCCGGCAAGCGCAACAGAAAAAAUAUUGGCAAGAGAUCACAAUACUGUCCCGCAAAGAUUUGGUUGAAAAAGGCAUUCCAAAAUCCAGUUCCUUAUUUGAAUUCUGGCCGUUUCUCGAUAGCGAAAACGUAUUGCGAGCAAAAACCCGUAUUGGAGCAUGCGAGGUCGCUAGUAUGGACACUAAGAAUCCAAUAAUUUUACCGCAAGAUAGUUACAUAUCAUGGCUUAUUGUCCAGCAUUACCACGUUCGUUAUUACCACCGUAAUCACCGCACAGUACUGAACGAACUGAAGCAGCGCUUUCGAAUCAUCCCUCGAUUAACAAAUCUCUACCGCAAGGUGCGGGCGAAUUGCCAGGUGUGCAAGAAUUUGCGAGCUGUACCUCAUCCUCCUCCGAUGAGCGAUCUUCCUGCAUCAAGAGUAUCGGCAUUCACACGACCAUUUUCAUACGUAGGAAUCGAUUACUUUGGUCCACUAAACGUAACGGUAAAACGUAGCACUGAAAAGCGUUGGGGCGUAUUGAUUACGUGUCUCACAGUGAGAGCAAUACAUAUCGAAAUCGCGUAUUCGUUAUCGGCACAGUCCUGCAUUAUGGCACUUAGAAAUUUCAUGGGAAGAAGAGGCAUUCCAAUAGAAAUCGUAAGCGAUCGUGGUACAAAUUUAAUUGGGGCAAGCAAAGAACUUUUAUCGGCCUUGAACGAAAUGAAUCAAAAUCUGAUUAUACAGGAAAUCUCUAGUCCAGACACUACAUGGACUUUUAUACCACCGACAUCCCCACAUAUGGGCGGUUCGUGGGAACGAAUGAUUCAGACAGUAAAACGAAACUUGAACCAAAUCAACCCUCGACAUCAACUGACCGACGAAGUAUUACGCAAUCUGCUGAUUGAAGUGGAGAACGUUGUCAACUCUAGACCGUUGACUCAUCUAGCGCUAGACGAUUCGGAAUCCCCAGUGUUGACGCCAAACCAUUUUUUGCUAGGUUCAUCUAACGGCUUAAAACCACCCACAUUGUUCGAUGACAGCAACGCAGCUCUGAACAACACGUGGCGUACAUCACAAGUUGAAGCCAACAUCUUCUGGAAGCGUUGGACGAGGGAUUAUCUUCCAGAGAUUACGAGACGAUCCAAAUGGCUUACACCGGUGAAGGCUAUCGAGAUUGGUGACAUUGUCAUUGUCGUUGAUCCGAAUCUACCUAGGAACUGCUGGCCAUUGGGUAAGGUGAUAUCUGCGAACGAGGGGAAGGAUGGUGAAGUCAGAUCUGCAGUUAUUCAAACAGCGACAGGAAUUUACGAAAGACCUGCUGUGAAACUCGCCGUGCUAGAUGUUAGACGCUAAAAUUGAGUAAACCACUAGUAGCUGAAUUGCGGAGGAGGAGCCACUAGCUGGCGUACUGCGGGGGAGUGUCGCGUCUCUGCUUAAGUACUCUAGCGGGCGAAAAUUGUGGAUGACAGAAUUGUGGUAGAAGUAGAUGAUUGUCAUAGUAUGAUAAGAAAAAGGAGGCAACAAUCGCCAUUGCUAUUUGAGAACACGUUAACCAGUAUCAUUAUCGUUAGUUUUCUAACAGUGAAUAAUCUCCUGGUAAUUUACUGCGCACAGCUUAGUAUGAUUAAAAUAGCUAAUAAUCCUUUAUAUUUAGAUAGCUUUCUAGCGAUAAAAGUUGAGCUGCGUAGCCGUAGUUGAUUUAGUGCCAAGUGCCAUCAUAAAACCGCUCGCAACCAAAAACGUAAGACAAUAUGUUAUUUAGAGAAAUCAGGUUAUUAUUCCUAAUUGAACCAUUUUGAUAGAUUUCCAUCAUAUACUCACCUUAAACCGUGAACUGCAUCUUCCGUGCUAAGGAGAAUACUUACCUUCUCGAACAUACUCACCUGGAAUACACCUCUUAGAUACUCCUGCUAGUUAAAUCAAAAGCUGCUAGAAAGAGUUGAGAAGUUGAGUGAAGUUGGAAUAGCAGUAAAAUCAGUAAACGUAAGUCAUCAUUCGAAAAAUACUAUACACACUAAGUAACACUGAAAUCAAUUGUAAUUUUAGGAUUUUUUUAAUACAACUG